AUAAACGUGCCACAAACGCAAAAUAUACGAGACAGUCUCGGCUCGGGUAAGAACUUCGAACCAUUUCCCGUUGCAAGUCCGACAGCUCCGACGAUCCUCAGAACCCAAAAACUAAACAGUUUUAAUCCGCUGAAUCUCAAAAAGCUUCCUGUUCCUGUCCAGAUUCCAAUUCCAAUUUCCAACUGUUUGAUAUGGCGGCUAAAACUAACUCAAGAGCAGGCCACGAGGGCCAGGUUCUAGUAGAAGAGAAGGCGUUUGUUAGGACUUUGACACUAAACAGGCCUAGGCAAUUGAAUGCUCUUUCAUCUCAGAUGAUAUCUCGGCUUUUGGAACUUUUCACUGCCUAUGAGGAUGACUCUAAUGUCAAGUUGAUUAUUGUCAAGGGGAAAGGAAGAGCAUUUUGUGCCGGUGGUGAUGUUGCAGCCGUAGUUCAUGAGAUGAAUAAAGGAAAAUGGAGAUUAGGUGCUGAAUUUUUUCGAAAAGAAUUUAUCUUAAACUACUUGUUGGCAACAUACAGUAAACCACAGGUUUCAAUUCUUAAUGGAAAUGUCAUGGGAGGUGGGGCUGGUGUUUCAAUACAUGGUAGAUUCCGUGUUGCAACAGAGAAAUCGGUCUUUGCAAUGCCAGAAACUGCUUUGGGACUCUUCCCGGAUAUAGGUGCCUCUUAUUUCUUGUCAAGACUUCCUGGAUUCUUUGGAGAAUAUGUUGGUCUAACAGGUUCUAGAUUGGAUGGUGCUGAAAUGCUUGUCUGUGGUCUUGCAACUCACUUUGUUCCCUCAACGAGAUUGUCCUUGUUAGAAGAAGCUCUAUGCAAAGCAAAUUCAAGUGAUCCAGCCAUCAUUUCAUCAAUUAUUGAUGAAUAUUCACAGCAACCUUCUCUGAAAGAGCAAAGUGCUUAUCGUCGGCUGGAUGUGAUUGACAAGUGCUUCUCUCAGAGAACAGUAGAAGAAAUUUUAUCUGCCCUUGAAAGGGAGGCAAUUUACAAGACAGAUGAUUGGAUCACCUCAACAAUUCAAACUCUGAAAAAGGCAUCCCCAAUGAGUCUAAAAAUUUGGUUGAGAUCGAUUAGAGAAGGCAGGCUUGAAGGUGUUGGUCAAUGCCUUAUUCGUGAAUAUAGAAUGGUUUGUCAUGUCCUGCGAGGCGAAGUCAGCAAAGAUUUCGCAGAGGGUUGCAGAGCUAUAUUGUUGGACAAGGAUAGGAACCCUAAGUGGAAUCCUUCUAGAUUGGAGCUCAUCAGUGAUGAUAUGGUUGAUCUGUAUUUCUCUAAGGUGGAUGAUGAAGAUUGGAAAGACUUAAAGCUCCCAGCUAGAUCCAGCUUGCCUGUCUCUGCCAUGGCAAAGCUCUAAGUGUCAUUUACGAUAGUGUGUUGUAUGAAAUGGAGCUUCAUAUUCUGAGCAAAGCAACUUUGUUUAAGAUGUUAUGGGGUUCAUACAGAACAACUGUAUAUGUUCAAAGCCCCAUGUUAAUAUGCUUGAUAAAAGAUGAUUUGGAACGGUUUGGCAGUCCAUGAACUGAAAUAAAACAUAGGAUGAUUAGGAAUAAUUCAUUAUAAAGAUGCUAUAUCUAUAUAAAUAAAUUAUGUACGUAUCACAUUUAUGGCUUAAUGACCAAACUGGGGACUUCAUAAUGCAGAUUUUGUUUUAUACA